AUGGGUGAUCAUGACCCAAACAAAGAUAAUUUUCAUUCGCAGAAUAUAGGUCUUGAGAAUGACUAUGACCCUAGCUAUGGAAACCCCUCCUUUAAAAUGGCCCCAAAGAUUAAUAUUGCCAACCAAAACAUUCUAUUGAAUUCCAGUCCAGGUAGCUACUCCACGCAUAACAGUAACGGACAACAUGAGAUCGAUAACCGUGAAUUGAAGGCAUCUGACUUGCUCAAUACUAAAGAUCAAAAUGAUGGUAGGAAAGCCGAUGAUCUAGGACAAGGAAAGUCAAGACCUGCUUUUGUGGUGAAACUAUGGAUUAUGGUCAAUGACUCAAAUAAUUCAGAAUAUAUUCAAUGGGCAGAUAAUGGAAAACGUUUCAAAGUAUUGAACAGAGUGAAGUUCAUGAAAAAAGUUCUACCAAAGUAUUUCAAGCAUUCUAACUUUUCAAGUUUUGUUAGGCAGUUAAACAUGUACGGAUGGCAUAAAGUGCAAUAUGUUUCCAAUAAUAUAAGUGCCCCACAUUAUAAUGAAUUAAAUGUGCCUUCCAGUAAUGCCUCAAAUCCUGAUGAAAUAUGGUUAUUUGAAAAUCCGUAUUUUCAAAGAGGAAGAGAAGAUCUACUUGAGAAUAUUUCCAGAAACAAAAAUGGAAGACAGGAGUAUGGAGAAAUGAAUGUCAAUUUGGUAGUAAACGAAUUGAAUCGUCUCAAGAAUGCCCAGAAUAUUAUUGCUGACGAUUUGAAAAGAAUCAAAAACGAUUGUGGUGUGUUUUGGCAAGAAAUGGCAAUCAGUCGUCAACGGUACGAUAAACAGAAUGAAACAUUGGGAAGUAUUCUAAGAUUCAUUGCCUCAGUUUUUCAAAAUAAUCCUACUAUUAAUCCAAAGGAAAUUCCCUUUGAAGGAAAUAUCAACGCUUCGUUGAUGGCCGCUAUCACUACCAAUAAUGACAGAAAUCUGAUUACCAUGAAUAGUGUGCCCUUACUAAACAAUAGUAUUCCGGCAGAUCCAAUGCCAGGCGUGGUGCGCGACAGUAUCACAGCGCCACCUCAUGCCCAUUCUUAUGAUCGUAUUGCUUGUGGUAUGACUUUUGGAAAUGCUCAUUUGGACCACAGCUCAGUCAAACAGGCGAGCAAUCCUGCCAUUCGUAACACAGUACCUAACACUCCUCUGAUCUUCUAUCCUCCACACCCAGCAAUGCACGGAUUACCUCUGAAUGCUACUCCAGCGUUCAUUCCAGUGCAACCAAUGAUUGGAAGGAUUGCUCAACAACAUGCUAUUCCAAACCAAGUUCCGAUGAAGAUUUUCGCACCAGGUGAGUAUCCUCAUCCAAUCCCAGUACCACUUCCCGGUAUAGCUCCUCUUGUUAAUACAUCCGCAUCAGGCACCGCCACUUCAACAAAUUCCAUGAAUAUGAGCGGGAAUGGUAAUCCAAUUACGCAAGGAAAUUUGAAUGAUCUUGAUGGUGAUAUAGACACAUUGAAUGGUGAGAUGUUAAGAGCUCCUGAAAAUACUAAGGACAACUUUAUUAUUCCAAAGGAAAAUUUUCCAACUUCAAGUAGAUUUGCCCCAAAAUUCAAUUCUAAUCCACCAACGGUAUUAGAAUCAUCUAAUGGCCAUUUAGAUAAAGUUCCCCCAGCGGCCGUUGACUAUGCAUCUCUUGGUGCUGCAACCGUACAGAGACCAGCAGUAGUUGGCUUGAAUACAUUUGAAGCUAACCCAGUGGCAAAAAAUUCAAGAGUAGAAAAUCCUGCCAUCAUUAAAGUUGCUGGAAUCAUUCCUACCCCUACUUCGAGACCGGGUCAUUAUACCAAAACUGCUAGAGCUAAUAUUCCGACCGUUCCUAUUCCGCCGAAUAUGAUUGUAAAUAAUGCUGUUUCUUCUGCUCCUCCGUACAGGAGCCCUAUUAUACCGACCCCCGAACCUACUAUACCUUUGAAUCCAGGGACUAAUAACCAUAAUUCUCCAGAUUUUCAUCUGUCACAACGAUUAAUGAACCCGACUUUAGAAUCCUUGACAUCGUACAUUAACCAACAAGAGGAAUCAAUAAAUAGAUUGUCCAGCCUAAUCAAUCGAUAUAUACCGAGUGAUGGAACUCCGAUCCCAAUAUCGGUAAACGCUACUCCGGAACCAGUGUCUCCUUCAAAAACAAUCAAUAUUGCUACAAACAUCAAUGAAAGCAACAGUAGAGUCCAAGAAUUUAGGCUUGAUAGCUCGCUGAAACUAGUUGAAGGGUCAGGCUCAAGCUCAACAACAUCCCUAACAGUCUCAGAGGUCAAUAUGGGAGAUAUACAGGGGCUUUCAACUUCAUUGGCUACUUCUAAUACCGAUAAAGUAAGCACCGAUGCUUCUGGUAGUGCUGGAAAAAAGAGACCUACGUUGGAGCUUGAUGAGGAUGAUAUCAUUAGCACCGGAAUGUUUAAGCGCUACAAGGGUUGA